UAAAUACAUACACUCUCCAUAUGCAAUGUAUUGGGGUUUCAGCCAGGAUCAAGGGCCCACUUCUCACACCUGGUCAAAAUACACAAACUGCAAGUCAGGGUGGUGUGCAAAGGUGGGUUAAAGCUCUCCUUCAUUCAUGGUGCUGCUACGCAGGACUGCUCCCGCCUGUGCUGUGUUUAGAGGAACCCUCAGGCUACUCUACCUUUUAAUAUGGUUUUUAAUAGCUGGAAGAGGCCAAAAACAUAGCUCAGGUUUGUUGUGAUAUAGGGGCACCCCAAACUCUCUCCCACUUGGGUAGCCAUGAUCCCUCUCCUUGUUAAGUUAGCAGUAGGGAGGGUGUUUGGCAUUCAAGACCAAAGAUAAUACUAAGAUAUGUGCCAAUGUUUGAUUCUCAUGAUCUUCCCUGGGCUGGUUAAGACAAGCAUACAGAGGUGCUGGAACAAUUUUUAUAGUGGGGGUGCUGAGAGUUCUUGAACCAAACUGUAGACCCUGUAUAUAAAGGAAACCACUUCAAGCCAGGGGUUGUGGCAGCACCCCCAGUAUCCCUAGCGCCAGCACCUACGCAAAUGUGAUCAAAUUCCAUCAGUAGUGUAGCACAAAUCAGUCACGUUAAACCUGAAGAUCUGGCUCUCAACUUGCAAAGACUGAAAUGCCAUUAUUGGUGGCUUUGGAGUGACAGUAUUUUAGAACAGGAGAAAAUGCUGAGUUUAUUAAUUGGAGCUCAGUUCAGUUAAUCUAAAGGAAACUGCACCUAUUAGAUGGAGAAAGAAUUCUUUUUCAGUCUGGUACAAACAAACACAACUUCACACGCACAAGCUCCCUAGCUGCUAUCAAAUGUUAAACUAUAUAAUCACAACACAUCCUCAUGAGCUGAUUAUACUUUGUGAGAACAAACCUGUUGCUAGCUACUUAUGGUAAUAGACAUUCAAAUUAACUCUUUUGUGGGUGUCAGACUGCAAUAAGAGUGUCAUCUUGAAUUAUCUCCUACACAAAGAAGGACAGAAACUUGUCUGUAUGAUAUUCCAAACCAAAAAGAUUGGAGUACAUUUUAAUAGGAAUCUAUACAUUUUAGAUGAUGAUCUUGUAGUCAAAACAGUUUGAGUUUCACCUGGAUCUACAGUAGUUAUUAGGCUGUAAUUAUUCUAUCUGCUCAGGGUUGUAGUGCACCCAACCUCUAAGGACUACUAGUAGUGUGUCAGAGACACCGCAAUUGAGAAGUAAGGUAGGAGGUGCUUCAGUUGCUAGGCCUUGUGCUAGCCCUGGUGUGUCCCAAUAACCCCCCAGACACUUGGAGAAAGGAAAGGGGCAUUUUACUAGGGUUGGCAGGAGAGGUAAAGGUUGCAAAUACCCUAGGUAUAGUGGCUUAAACAGAGCUCAAAGUGAAACAAGAAUGGUUCUUAUUUGGGCCCACUAAACAGCUUUUCAGACCUAGUGCCUAGGGUGCUUUCUCCAGUCCAGUUUUCUAUUAAAAGCUAAUAAAACUGUGCAGAUUUCCAGGUCUGGAUCAGUUAGUGGUGUGGCUCAUUAGAACCCCUUUAUGCUGGAUCCCUGCCCAGUCUCUGCUGCAUCCACACGUACCUGAACCUGGCUGCAAUGUCCAUCAGUCACUGUUCCAUGUGUAGUUGCCCAGCUCCUACUGCAGCCUGCUCUGAACACAGUUACUUGGAAGUUUCCCUAUGCAAUCAGCUUCUCUGCUGCUCCACUUCCCCAAGUGCCAGGUUACUUCGUGGGUCAGGGUUUCUCAUAGUUUCUGCCCCUUUUCCUUACUUGCCAGCGGAAAGGGAUGAGCCUGAAUGUCCAUCCCAGAGGGUCAUAGAUCAGAGGAGAAGGGGUUCCUGCUUGGCAGACUGAUCACAAGAGUUUUUCUCCUUGCUUGGUAUCAGUAGAUAGAGCCAGACUGAGAUUUCCAAAGCUGUCUAGGGGAAUUAAAGCACCUGUAUCAUUAAAAUUAAUGGAAGAUCUGUCUAACCCCGCUAGACAGCUUUAAUGGUCUCCCUUUCAACAGCUUGUAGUUUUAGAUUUUCAGACCUAAGGUAACAUGAUGAUAGCCGUUGGCGACUUGGAUGCCACUCCCUGCUACACUCACAAACGCAGAGCUUGCUUAUGUUUUAUGAACAUGCCCCUCACAGUGUGGCCAGCUCUUGUGAUUUUUUUUUUUUUCUUAUGUCAUGAGUGAUGGGAUUUUGGCUGGUCUGGAGCCAGACUCAUCAUGAUGUAAGUAGCCCAAGCCCUUUAGUGUAUUUGAGCCCUCUGGUUAUUUUUCCCCAGGAGGUGGCCAAAUGGGGCAGGCAGCCAACCAGAGCUGCCACAGGAAGAGCGCUGUCUCCUCCUCCCCUGUGCAACAACCCAAAGCCAUCCUCAUAAGAGGGGCAUGGGGAGGAGAUAGCAGAAAGAACCCAGCAGCUCAGGGCAACUCCACUGCUCUGCCCUCCUCCCUCUGCAGCACUUGCCCUUGGGGCAUGGAAAGGAGCAGCAGGGGCUGACUCAUUGUACAGUACAUCGGGGAAGACGUUCUGUAAAUUACACAGGAUACAGUCCCAGUCCACUCCUUGCUCCAUGGAAUUUUCCUUGUUUACCCAACUUGCUGAGAUCAUUUGCUUGUAAAUUUAUGCUGAUCCUGGCUGCUGACGUCUCAGAUCUUGACCCUGAACUGACACCAACAUUAUCACAGCAGAAAUAGGAAGGAAGUGAGUCUUGUUGGUAUUUGCCUUAAAGUCAAAAUUUCUCACAGAAGUGGAAGCAAUGAAUGGUAGUGUUCCUGAACCUGAAUGCCAGGCUAUUGAAUUACAAGGUGGGAGAGAACUUGAGGAGGAAAAUGAGGUGGACCAUAAUAAACCUCUAAAUCCUGAAGCAUCCAUAACAAAUAAGGGGAGAGCCUACUACUGGAAGUCUUGUGGAGACACAAUUUUUUGGAAAUGUAAACUAUGGAUGGUUAUAUCUUUAGUUUUCCUAGGGCUCCUUCUAGUGAUUAUUAUCAGCUUAAUUCUUUAUUCAGAGGUUUACAUCGAUGAAGAUGAAUAUUGGGAUCCUGAAUCAGUAUCAAGUGGAAACUAUCGCAAUUUUUCUGGAAGACUACAAGUAAAGUGUGUUGCUCAAUCAAAUUAUUCAGAAGAUCUUACUAAGAGGCUCAUAGAUGUCUACAGUUCGUCUCCAGCCCUGGGGCGCUAUUUUAUUACUGCUCAAGUGGAUUCCUUCAGUUAUGAAAAUGCCACUGCAUUCUACCAGCUGGUAUUCUCCUUGCCACCAGUGGCUGAUGAGUUUAUGAAGUACACGAUGAGUGAAGAGUUUGUGAUGAAUGUCUUGCGACAAAAUAUUUAUGAUCAGGAAGAUACUUAUGAUCAGGAAGCACCUGAAUGUACCAAGAUAAGGCUUGAUCCAGCUUCUCUCACACUAACUUAGUAACAGCGGAAAGACUCCUAGUUCAUCACAGCCACUUAAGGACAUGUGCUUCCUGUAUCUAUUAACAUCCUGAGGAAUGAGAAUUAAUUUCAUUAUUUUGAAACAUUUCUGAAGAAUAUGGCUGUAUUGUGAACACUUAACACAAUGCAAUAGUGUAUGUAGCGAAUGCAAUAUAUUUAUCACAGCUAAUUACACUUUGAAUACAGCCAUCUCCUUCACUGCUGUCCUGACACUCACUCCACCCUUCUCUAAUCCACUUGAAGCUUUGUUGCCAAAAAUCAUGUAACUUGCCUGAUGCUGAGCACCUUAAUCCAUUUUUGCAGCACCUUCACUGAUUUUACAUUGCCUUUUUAAUAGAAUCCAGAACUUGUUCUUCCCUUCAAACCCCUCCAUAAUCUAACUCCUUUCUAACACUCUACUCUUCCCACUCUACUGCCAGUCACAUUUUCCUCUUUGCGCAUGCCAAGUUGUCCAUGCAGUUGCCCUUUGAACUUUGUUUCCCACACUCACCUCCCAGCUUAGUUCAUGCUGAUUGCGUCCACCAUACUUCAUCCCUCAACCUGAAAUCCUGCUUUAAACCCAUUUCUUGCAAACUGUACCUGCUUAAAUACUUCACUGUUUUCCUGAUUUUUUUUUUUAAAUGACUUUCAAACUCUUGCUUUAGUCUCUUCCAGAGACCUCUGUCAUGUUGCUCUUUCUCAUCCUUCCCUUUUCUCUUCCUCCCUGUGGAGAGGUCUGCUCCUGUUUCUUGCCUUAAUUUAGAUUGAUUGUAAGCUCUUAUGGAGCAGUGACUUCAUCUUUAUUGGUACAGUGAAGUGUCAUGUACAUUUAUGAUGCUCUACUAUUGCCUCAUGGCCUGGCCCUGCAAACACUUUGUCACAAGUAUUUCCAUUCCAUUCAGUGGGAUGAGUAAAGUGAAUUUAGAACUGCUGUACCGCAGAGGUAUGUAGGAUAAAUGUGCUCCUCAGUGACAUGUUCCAGUAUGCAGUGUACUAGGAAUUGCUCAUGGGUCAAUAUAGCUGUUUACUUGCUAACUUAAUAGAAUUAGUCCAUAAUGUGUGUGUCAAAUGGCAAAUAUUUGACACAAUUAUGUUUUUUUAAAAGCCCUUCUUUGAGUCCAUAUCCUGAUUGUCUACAGGGCUCAAGAAAUACUCACCAACACUACAUAUACAGAUAGGAUAUAUGACCAGAGAUGGGUUUUUUUGGCCUUUUGAAUGAUCAAAUACUGGUCACAGUUGUAGGCAAAACACCUGACUAAACUGGUCAGUGGUAACAUCAGGCAUGUCACUUUGUUUCUAAGCAUGUCACUGGUUAAGCAUGUCACUUCCAGAGCCGGCUCUAGGUAUUUUGCUGCCUCAGGCACAGCAGGCAGGCUGCCUUCUGCGGUUU